AUGCGAAGACGUGCAGCUCGUGAGAACAAAGGAAAAAGACCAGGAGGUGACCGUGAGCCUCCGAAAACACCCCCAUCUCCUUCUUCUCCUUCUUCCCCAUCUUCUCCCUCUUCUACUCAUUCUGAGUCUUCUUCUCUUUUCAAGAGUUCACAUAAGCCCAAGAUUAAAUUGGAUGUAAAAUUUGAUCUACCAAAGUAUUGUGGGGAAUUAAAUGCUGAAAAAUUAGAUGAUUGGAUUCAACAGGUUGAAGUCUAUUGUAGAGUCCAAAACCUCUUAGAUGAUGCCGAUAGGAUCCAGUUAGCUACUCUUCGGUUAGGAGGCCAUAUGCAACAGCUAAUGAUGAGCUGGCAACUUUUUAGGCAAGGGAAAGGUCAGUCUGUCCAGGAUUACACCCAUGAAUUUAGAAAGAAGGCUAUUGCAUUAAAUGUUCCAUUGUAUACUCAGGACACGUUGCUUAAGUACAUAGGUGGUCUUCACUCUUAUCUGAGACAUUCAAUUUUGGUCUUGAAUCCUAGUAACUUUGAUGAAGUCUGUGUCCAAGCCACACACCUAGAGUCAAGAGGUAAGGGUUCUUUUAUUUAUAAGUCUGAUAAGAAGCCAUCUAAGUCUGAGAACAAAUCCCAAAAUAAAGGGAAGGGGAAAAAGAUAGCUACAGUGAAGAAAGAGGGUGAAAAACCCACAUGCUCACAUUGCAAGAAAGAAGGGCAUGAUGAUUCUAGGUGUUGGAAGCUGCACCCUGAAAAGAGGCCAAAGAGAUAUGGUGGAAACAAAGACAAACAAAAGACUGCUGCUAUAGUUCAACAGGAUCUUGGAUCUGACUCUGGAGAUGAGACAAAGAUCGUUGCUGCUGGAAUCCAAGGUAAAGAAAAAGGUAGAUCUCUCUCAUCAGCUACAAGUUCUUCUAAUAUAAGUGCAAGUACAAGUAAAGAUUCUACUCCUAAGAAUGAUAAGCAAAGGAAUGAAUUAUUUCAUAUUCGGGUUGUUAUCAAACAUACUAAAGUUGAUACAUUAUUUGAUUUGGGUUCUCAAGUUAACUUGAUAUCUGAAGAAAUUGUUAAAAAGCUUAACUUGACUACAACACCUCAUCCGAAACCAUACCGUCUGGGAUGGGUUUGCAAUGAUGCACAAUUGCAAGUAACUAAACAAUGUAAGAUAAGAUUUGCUAUCACUGCAAACUUUGUAGAUGAAGUAGAAGCUGAUGUAGUCCCUUUAGAUAUUUGUGGUCUUAUGAAAAGGUUAGUCAACUCUAGUAAGAACUUUGCAUUAAUGCUUGUAAAAGCCAAAGAGGAAGAAACAUCUGAGGCAUUUAAAGGAUGUGAUCCUAAACAUAAGGCUGAAAUGGUCAAAGUUGUUUCCGCUUACGAUGACUUGUUUCAGGAACCAAAAGGAUUGCCUCCUAAGAGAGAGAUACAGCAUGAGAUCCCGUUGUAG